GCCAACUAGCUAGCGCUCCGUACGUACACGGUUUAGUUUAAGGCACAUGCAAAGCACCAACACCAUGCUACGUUUGUCAACGUUUUGUUUGUUGCUGGCGGCAGCAGUGGCACAAAGCGGUUACGAGUAUGACAAACCGGGUAAACCAUUCGGCCCUACAACGCCAUCAACUAGGCCUGGCUAUCAACCGAGCCCAACAAGCGGUUACCCUACAUCACCCAGCUCACAGGGUUAUCCUGGCUCUGCACCGACUUCUACGCCUAGUUACUCAUCUGGACCCUCAAAUAAUCAACCAGGCUAUCCUGGCCAAAAAUAUCCAGGCCAGACUCCAAGCGGACCAGCAGGCCCAGGUUAUCCUGGUCAACAAUAUCCAGGUCAAAUUCCAAGUGGACCAGCAGGCCCAGGUUAUCCUGGACAACAAUACCCAGGCCAAACUCCAAGUGGUCCAGCAGGCCCAGGUUAUCCGGGGCAAAAAUACCCAGGUCAAACUCCAAGCGGACCUGCAGGCCCAGGUUAUCCUGGACAACAAUAUCCAGCCCAAACUCCAAGUGGACCAGCCAGCCCAGGUUAUCCGGGUCAAAAAUAUCCAGGUCAAACUCCAAGCGGACCUGCUGGACCAGGUGGAAACUAUCCAGGGCAAGGAGUUAAUUACCCAGGACAAGGAGAAAAUUACCCCGGAUCAAUUGGAAACUACCCAGGACAAACACCAGGUCGUCCCGGCUUCGGACCUGGAGCUCCCGGAUUUAGACCUGGCCAACCUGGUUUUGGGCCAGGAAGCGCAGGAUUUGAUGAUGGUAGUUAUGCAGGAGGCGACUAUUCGGCAAUUCCCGGUGAACCAGACAUAGAUUACCCUAUACUUUCCUAUGUUCCAGAAACAUCUUUCAGAUGUGAUGCGCAACCUUACCCAGGUUAUUACGCUGAUAUCGAAACUCGGUGCCAAGUUUUCCAUGUAUGCGCUAAUAACAAAACAUAUGACUUUUUAUGCCCUAAUGGUACCAUAUUCUCUCAAGAAUACUUUGUCUGUGUUUGGUGGAACCAGUUUGACUGCAACUCCGCAUCUAACUUUUUUGAACUUAACGCAAAUCUGUAUGAUUAUUCUAUCAUUGGUUCGCAAUUGCCUGGUGCAGGGUUCCCUGGUACAGGUCUACAAGGUCCACCUGGCUACCCUGGCACUGGCCCUCAAGGCCCUGCUGGCUAUCCUGGCAUUGGUCCUCAAGGUCCAGCUGGCUACCCGGGUGCUGGCCCGCAAGGUCCAGCUGGCUACCCAGGCACAGGUCCUCAAGGUCCAGCUGGCUACCCAGGUGGUGGCCCUCAAAGGUCAGCUGGCUACCCUGGCACUGGUCCUCAAGGCCCAGCUGGCUACCCUGGCACUGGCCCUCAAGGCCCAGCUGGCUACCCUGGCACAGGCCCUCAAGGUCCAGCUGGCUACCCCGGUGCAGGUCCUCAACGUCCCUCUGGCUAUCCUGGUGGUCGUCCUCAAGGUCCAGCUGGUUAUCCUGGCGCUGCCCCUCAAAGACCAGCUGGCUAUCCAGGCACUGUUCCUCAGGGCCCAACUGGCUACCCUGGCACUGGUCCUCAAGGUCCAGCUAGCUACCCUGGCACUCGUCCUCAAGGUCAAUCUGGCUACCCUGGCACUCGUCCUCAAGGUCCAGCUGGCUACCCAAGCACUGUUCCUCAAGGUCAACCGGGCUUCCCUGGCUCUGGUCCUCAAGGCUCAACUGGCUACCCUAGCGCUGGUCCUCAACGUCCAUCUAGCUAUCCUGGUGCUACUAGUCCUCAACGACCAGCUGGUUAUCCUGGUUCUGGUCCUCAAGGCCCAAAGCCUAACUAUUCUGGCAGCCCAGGACCUCAAGGAUCAGGUUCUUAUCCCGGAAGGCAAGAACAGCAGCAACCAACAGCGUCAUAUCCUAGUAGUCCUGGUCAACAGACUUCAUCUGGUUCCUACCCUGGUAGACCCGAAACUUCUUCCGGCAACUACCAAGGAUCUCAGAGCACAACAAGUUACCCUGGUUCUCAGUCUGAAACUGGCUACCCAUCAGGAAAGCCUUCAGGCCCCAGUUUCCCAUCAAGCACGACGCGCCCUCAAGGGACAGGUGACAACAGCUAUCCCACACCCCCUAACAGAGAAUACCUCCCUCCCAAUUGAUAAGAUAUAUCUCAAUAAUAGACUUUUAAGUUUUAUGUUGCCAGAGUGCUUCUAAAGCAAAUGAAAUAAACGUUGACAAACGAAAUUGUUGGUGCUAAAUACGUAUUAUUUUUUAUUGGUUAAGUAGUUUAUAAUUUACAUGAUUUGAUUUUAUAUAUUUUAAGUAGUGAAUGUAUAAAAAAAUUAUUAUUUUUAUUUCCAAUUAAGUAGAUGAUACUUAAAAACGAAAAAUGUGACGAUAAAAGUUUACCUACCAUGAAAGUUACCAAAAUAUGUAUGUGUUCGUAAAAUUAUAAGUGCAAAAGUUAUAUGUAUUAUGAUUUUUUAAUUAAGUAACAUAAUUAAUUAGUUUAGGUAAGUAUACAAUAAAGCAUUUGAUUUUGUA